UCUUCUCACUAGUCAUCAUCACAAAACAGCACUAGCAAAUUACAAAGGUUUUUGCAGGGUUCAUCAUCAACAUUUCAAAAUCACAACUAACAGAAGAAAAUGGGAAGUAGAUUAGGUCGAAGAGUAGUUCAUUUCGCAAACCUCCCCAUCAAGCUUCUCAUGCCCUCUUCUUUCUGUAACAUCACCGAAAUCUCCCUCAAAACCAUCCCUUCUGCUUCAAAGAUCGAAAUCAAGAGAGUUUUGGAGUCUCUUUACGGUUUCGACGUCGAGAAGGUUCGAACCCUAAACAUGGAGGGGAAGAAGAAGAAGAGAGGUGGGCUGUUGGUUGCGAAACCGGACUACAAGAAGGCGUACGUGACUCUGAGGAGCCCCUUGUCGAUUUCGCAGGACCUGUACCCUAUUCGGAUAAUCGAAGAGGAUAGGAGGAGCUUGAUCAAGGAGUCCAAAUUGAAAUCUAAAUCCAAGUCCAGUAUUGUGGAGGAGGGCGAAACGUGGUCGCAUUGGCUCGACAAGAAGCACGAAACCAGGUUCAUCCCUGAGAAGAGUACCACCGCCAGCAGCAGCAGCAGCGGCGGCGGCGGUCGUGGCGGAAAUCGCCGCGGUGAUGGCGGUGCUGCUGAGGCGGCGAAGACGAAGUUCCCCUGGACCAGCAUGCGGUCUUCUUCUAGGUAGGGUUUUGGUUUGCAAUUUGAGAAUUUGGGUUAUCUGUUUGCUUUUCUUUCUUGGAUUGGCACCUAGAUGUUUACUUGAUAUGCUGAUGAGUCAUUAAAUAAUGUUGAGAUUAUAUUUUGGGGGCUAUAAUAGCUGCUAAAGUUUAUUUAGCGCUACAUGAUUAAAGUUCUGUAAUUUAAAUGUUAAAUUUGAUUAUGGUUAAACUGGGUUUGUUUAGGCUUUGAUACGUGAAAUUAAUGGCUAUUUCAGUUUAUCCAGAUAGAUGACUGGAUGAUUUGAA